AGAAUAACAAUGACAGAUGAAGAUGGUGGCAGACGCAGGAAGCGACACAUAUGGGCGCACCAACGUUGUCAUAGGUGAAGCGUAAUUUUUUUUAGAGCUGCGCGCUGUUACACGUGUAUAGUUCCUCUCUUCGCGCUUCACCAGAAGGAAAACCUAUAGGGUCGUCAUAGACAACCAGUUUGCCUGGUUUUCAAGCCAAACACGAGUACGUACGUGUCCAAGAAUUACAGAUAUUUCUUUCUACUUUUAAUCAACAUGGACUCAGUUCCGGAACUAGUUCGGGAUAACGUUCGCCGUUCAGUCGCUGAACUCAAGUCCGCGGAACUCUACAGUCUCUGCAUGGAAGGCCACUGGCAACGUUCUGCGAACGCGCUCGACGCCUUCAAGAACGCGUUCGCUCCCACGCACUCAAGCUACGACAACUUAUCGGAACUUCGGUUCCUGGACGUUGGCUGCGGUGAAGGAAGUUUCACAUUGCGCCAUUUACUGCCACGCUGCCAGGAUCAGUGCUGCAAACUAGUGGCCGUGGACAACUCGGCUGCUAUGCUCGAUUAUGCCAAGUCUCACAACGCAAGUGAAAAGAUCGACUACAUUCACUUCGACAUCCUGGAAGGUGACGUUGAUGGAUUUCUGAAAAAACACGGCCCUUUCGCGCGCGUCUACACCUUCAACCUGCUGCACUGGAUCAAGGACAAGGUUCGAGCAAUGAAGAAUAUUGAGAAACUGACAGCGCCAGGAGGGGAGUGCUUUGUCGUCUUCGAGAACUGUAUCCCCAUGUUCGAUGUAUUUCGCACUCUUGCCGAAUCUGUCCGGUGGGAAAAAUACGCCGAGGUGCUUCUACAUAAAGUGCCCGCCACAGCUGGCUUCACCGACAUGAACCUCAUGAGAUCUCAUCUUGAGCAUGUCAUGAAGAAGACAGGACUCAAGACGCUCACCUGCGAAGUGUUACGUUCGCCCGCAGUUAGCAUAACGGACUUGAAUGCUGCAACAGGUCUCAUUGCUUCGUACAACCCAAUCUACGCGCAUUUAUGCGCUGAGGACAAGCAACAACUGAUUAAGUCCACAGCUGAUAUCCUCGCGGACAGAGCUCAAGGAAUUGCGGAAGGGACAAUCAGCAAUCACCAAUUCACAUACGUCGUUCACGCCUACAAGCCGGCGCUCUUACCAACAAGUAGCGCUUGACAAAGCUGCGAAUUGGCGAAAAAUGAUAGCACAAUAUUUCUCAUUAAAGGGUCCGGGACCACUUUUCCAGGUAAUCAUCGAACGACCUCGAAAGCUGGCUAUUCUUCAAGACAUGCACACAAAGAGAAUAUCGUAACCAGUGCGUUGUAAAUUCCAGGAUUACUUUGUAGCAAAUUCGUUCCUCUCGUUUCUUUUUCGUUAUUUUUUACAGGUAAAUAGAAUGGGAAGUAAUGUCGGCUCCCAUAUUUGCAGUAAUGAGCCCUGUGAGCCACUUAUCAAAUUGGUGCAUGCUCGAUACCACUUUUCCAAGAUUAAUAUAUCAAGAG